AUGACAGAGCUCAUUGUUCGCAUUGAUCAACUCGAGAAGGAGCUUGCCAAAGCCCACGCCUUUCGCUCAACUGCAAGUCCUCAACUUCCAGAGAGCAAGAUGACUGACAGCAACCAAUCAACGCUCCGCGUCGGCAACAACUGGUAUCAUCGAGGACUGCCUAUUGUUUCAGAAGAUGGUGUUAAAUGGAUCAAGUCGACUACGAGGCAGGACACCACAAGAUUUGAGAAGCAUUUACUAGGCUCUACAAUGCUCUUCUGGCGUAUCAGCUACCCAAUCCACCCUAGCAACGGUGAAUUGUGGGAACUACCCGAUGUCGGUUUGGCCUUCAGGACUUUUAACGCCGGUACUAGUUCCUUCUUUCGCUUGGGAAUAGGAAUCCUCGACAAGUCGCUAUUUGCAGAAACCAUAGACCUGGCGUACGCAGCUUUCAAUGAAAAUGCUUCGCAAGGGCAUCUAGCAGCUAGGGCAAACUUGUUGGUAGCUUUUGCCGUUGCGUCAUACUUGAAGACCAGUCAAGAAGUCGCUUUGAUCGAUGCACAGGCCAUUGCAUCGAGGGCUCAAAGUCUACUAGGUCUUAUCGACGGGCUUGCCAGCCUGGAUGCUUUGCAGGCUACUUUAUUACUGUACAAGUAUCGAAUAGCCACUGGCCAAUAUGAUGCCGCAGGGGCACUUCUCCUCACAGCCUGCCGAAUGGUUUGCGCACUCGAUGGCCAUAUGAAGCAUCCUACAACUAGCAAAGCGGCUCUCGAUAUCCGUCAAGAGCACGUUCGAAACCUUUUCUGGACUUGCUAUAUUGCCGACAAGGACAUGAGUCUUAUAACUGGGCAGCCACCUGUCCUUGCAGAUGAGUACAUGGACUUGGGUGAUGCUGAGUGCAGUAGCCCCGCUCAGGAAUUUGAUGAAGCAAUGGAUAGUUCCGCUUCUGACAAACUGCUCGCUUUCCUCACUGGAGACCGCAGACUUGGCCUUUUGAAGGCAAAAGUCUUCCGCCUGCUCUACUCUCCCACGGCUCUACAUAUCACCGACAGCGAGCUUCUGACUCGUAUCCGGCAGCUAGACAACAAACUUGAGAACUGGCGUGUAAAUACCUGUUCCCUGCUCCGACCAAAACUUGGUUUAGUCAGGAAUAGUUCUGGAUAUGCAUCCGUGCGAACGUGCUUAAACGCAGUUCAUUUGCAACUGGAGUAUAAUUACCUCCUGACCAUGAUACACAGCGUCGUCCGGAGAUUCGGUGUAGCACAUGAUCCAGAUGCAGGCUUGCCGGAGGAUAUUCACCGGGUCAUGCACUCAAGUAUCGAUUUGGCUUUGGGUGCAGCGCGAAGCACGAUCCAUGCUAUUAGUGAGCCAGUUUCCGUGCUCAAGGGAAAGACUUGGAAGGUGCUCAGCCGAGGAACUGAAAUACUUGCAGCAGGCAGGUGA